CCCCUCCUUUCUUUCCUCCCUCCUUUUUCGCCUCAGCCAUGGCCUCCGCUCCGGAAUACUCCUCUUUCUUCGCCGUCAUGGGCGCCUCGGCUGCCAUGGUCUUCAGCGCCUUGGGCGCCGCAUAUGGCACAGCGAAGAGCGGGACAGGUAUUGCAGCCAUGUCCGUCAUGCGGCCAGAGCUGAUCAUGAAGUCCAUCAUCCCUGUGGUCAUGGCAGGCAUCAUAGCAAUCUACGGCCUGGUAGUGGCAGUCCUCAUCGCCACCUCCCUCACGGUCGACAUCACGCUAUACAAGAGUUUCCUUCAGCUGCGCCGGGUCUGGAGCGUGGGCAAUUUGAGCGUUCCACGCCGGCUUUUUGCCAUUGGUGCAUCGCGGCUUUAUGCAGGCUGCAUCGGGACAGCGCAGCAGCCCAGGUUAUUUGUGGGCAUGAUCCUAAUCUUGAUCUUCGCUGAAGUCUUGGGUCUCUAUGGCCUCAUCGUGGCCCUUAUUCUUUCCACAAAGUAAAUUAAAUUUUAAAAAAAUGCCACAGAAUACGGUGUGUAUAAAAAAAAAAUAUUUAUUAGAAAU